AUGGUUGUAUGCCAAAAAGCCAAUUUUAUAGACGUCCCUCGAGGGCUGGAGUCAUCAACUCAAGUGCUUGAUCUUCGACACAACAACUUGAGAAUUCUUCCGCGAGAUUCCUUUGCUUAUAGCGGCCUGUUGAACCUGCAGAAAUUGUGGCUAAAUUUCUGCAAUAUAAUGUGGGUUGAAAAAAGAGCUUUUCGGAAGCUAACCCACGUGAAAGAACUAGACUUAAGCAACAAUUUCUUACGGGAUGUGCCAUCUGGCGCCUUUGCCGACAUCGCUUGUCUCCUUGAGCUACGACUUACACACAAUUAUCUAACUGUCCUUUCCGCCACUGCCUUUCUAUUUUCGCUUAACCUGGUUGAACUCGACAUAAGUUAUAAUAAGAUAAGCAAAAUUGAGGAAAGGGCUUUAAGAGUUCUCGGAAACUUAGAGAUCUUGAAUGUGGCAGGUAAUAGAAUUACUUUUUUAAAUUUUACUGAACUAAGACCACUUCAGGUUUUGCGUGUAAUUGGGAUUGAUGACAACCCUUGGUAUUGUGACUGCCGCCUUCAGCAACUCAGCCACUGGAUGCGUGAGCGGAAACUGACAGCGUCGACGCCUCCUUCGUGUUCACACCCAAGUUGGCUCUACGGGCGAGACUGGCAGGCGCUUGAUGACAAGCACUUCCUCUGCGGCCCGCAUACAAUGGCUGUCGCCCCAAGAAUCUUAGCAACAGACAGAGAUAAUGUUACACUUAUGUGCAGAGUCGAAUCGGAAGUAAAAGUAAUUAUCACGUGGCUAGUUGACGAAACCCCGAUACAUAACACAAAUAAGAUACACCGUUAUAAAGUGAAACAAUCAGGAGAUCCCGAUCGUCAGCUCUAUGUGUCAAAUUUUACAAUACUCGGUGUCGUGAGAGAGGAUCAGGGAAUAUAUCGUUGCCUGGCAGAAAACAGAGCAGGAACCAUUGUAACUGAUAUAAUGUUACAAGUGUCACAUGAAGUUGCUGAGGUGCGCAGUGAAAAUGUUGAACAACUCUUCACGAGACGAGGUUUGCUUGGAGCAGUAUCAAUAGUUCUGUUUUUGGUAUUCUUCACAUGCAGUGUGAUGUAUUAUAGAGCAAAGGAUCUUAGCUUACAAAUAUCCGAAGACGACAUUCUAGGUACAACAAAGUUAACCAAGAAUUUACACGAGAAAUUAGGGUAG